CAGCGUAUUCCCUAUUCAAAGAAAAAACCUCUUCGCUCCGGUAGACGUUGCAUUCGUAUUUAUUCAGUCAUGUGAUUUGCAAGCGAAAGAAACUCAAAUUACGAGUAGCCCAGUGCCAUAAACGAGAAAAAACCCCAGCAGAAAAGGAGGAGAAGGAACAUUCAAUCAAAGAAAAUCAGCAAUUGGGCAAGACAACUACGAAGAACUCUAUUGGAAAAAAGAGGAGAGGAAAGACAGCUCUAAAGUAUAUAAAAGAGCUCUCAAGCUGCAAACGGAAGUUAGUAAGCGGAAGAAAAUGGAUAGAUAUUCACACCACGGGAAGACUUUGCUGUGGUUAUGGCUGGUCUUUGGGCUCCAUGGGGUUUGGGCAGCUGAAGAACGAACUAUAAGGCUGCCUGCAGUGGAAGUCUCCGCUGAAACUGAGGCCCAGAAUGCGGCAGUUACCUUUCCUGUGACUCAAAAGAAGGAGCUGCCUCACCACCGCUCCAAGCGAACUCUCACCACCAUUUGCGUGGAGAUCAAGCCAAGUGGUCCACUGGAGGAGCCCUACUACAUGUGCAAGGGUGAGAAUUUCGGUGAUGAAAACAAACAAAGUUGCGUGGAAUUUAAGCCCGGCGGCGCCCACGGAGAGCUCUACUACAUGUGCAAAGGCAAUGAUUUUGCAGGUGGAACUGGACAAGCCGAGCAGCCCGCACCCCACGAGUUUCCCUACCCAAAGCAGACACCAGCCGCAGCGGCACCAACGUAUCAGCCACAAGCAGCACCAGUUGCGCACACCUUUCCGUCGUUUCCCGUCUUUGGAGGCGGGUUAUUUCCAGGCCAACAGCAAUAUGAGGAGCCCAGAAGGGAAACGCCAGCGACGACAUACCAGAAGCAGCGGCCGCAGCAGGAGGAGUUCCCAAAGCCUCAGCAGCAGCCCCAAAAUGCUCCUCAGCAGCAGCUCCAAUACGCACAGCGACCUCCACAGCAGUCCUUCAAUGCUCGACAGCAGCCCCACAAUCCUCAACAACAAUUUGGCUACCCUGGCGGAUCCGUGGCUCCCCCUGCGGCUGCAUCUGCAGCGCAGUCAUAUGGCUUGCCAGCAGUUCUUCGCCCAAAUCCAGGCAGCCCGUCAGCACUUCAAUACGGAGGUAAUGCAGGCGCAGGCCCAACGGCCACGCCCACUGCAUAUAAUUCUGCAGCAGCUCCGAAGUCGGCGCCAGCUACAAAAGCAGCGCAGGCACAGGGACAGCAGUACAAGACGCCGCCAGUGGUAGGAGGUCGCCAUCAGCCUGGGCUGAAUGCGGAUGUGUUGGGUGUGCCCAGAGUGGGUUUCCAGCCGGAGGAAUUCAGACAGCAUUAUCGUGGAGGCAUGCCAGAGCCGCCGAUGCAGCAGCGCCAGCAGCAGGAUUUGGCAGAGCCGCAAAUGGUUUGGUUGCCACCUGCCCCAGUGGGUGACCCGCACGAUGAUCCGGUAAUGAGAUCGUUCUAUAGUAGUUUGGCACCACAGCAAAUAGAAGGCUUAGCAGCAGGACCAACAGUAGGAGCUGCAGCCCAAAGGGCACCCCUAAGGACACCACAGCUCGAGCGAGUCCAAUCAAUGCGACCUGCAGAACCCAGCGAACCUCUGGUGGGUCAAAGCUAUCAGCCAUUCUACGGCCAAGCCGCAGAACCUCAGACACCGCCCACAUUGCCUCCGCCACCGCCUGCAUAUGCCAGGCCAGAGCUGCCUCCGUCAAACCUGGAAUCCGCACCAACUGCCUACAACUCCUACUGCAACGGCUGCAACUCUCCGAUUGUGCCACGACAAUGUCCAGCGGAUACUGGUGUAAGCUUCAGCACUGUAUGUCCCAGCUUUCAGCCCGUGAUCAUAGCCAUGCCCUGCUACGAUCAGCAGCCCACACAUUAUCUGGCCCUACCCAAUAGAGUGGCAAGCUCCUGUGGCAAUGAGAUGCCUGGUCCCAGUCCCUAUGGAUCGUCAUAUGGUGUAAAUCAGCAAGUGGCAAGUCCGUAUGGCAUGGGCAGCGCCUAUGGAGCUAAUCAGCAGGUUGGCAGUCCUUUUGGAGCGCAUCAGCAGGUGGGCAGUCCCUUCGGAGCCAAUCAGCAAAGUGCCAGUCCUUUCGGAGCGAAUCAGCAGGUUGGCAGCCCCUUCGGAGCCAAUCAGCAGGUUGGCAGCCCCUUCGGAGCCAAUCAGCAAGGUGGCAGUCCCUUUGGAGCGAAUCAGCAGGUGGGCAGUCCCUUCGGAGCCAAUCAGCAGGGUGGCAGUCCCUUUGGAGCGAAUCAACAGGUUGGCAGUCCCUUCGGAGCGCAGCAGCAGGGUGGCAGUCCCUUUGGAGCGAAUCAACAAGUUGGCAGUCCCUUCGGAGCGCAGCAGCAGGGUGGCAGUCCCUUUGGAGCGAAUCAACAAGUUGGCAGUCCCUUUGUAGCAAAUCAACAGGUUGGUAGUCCCUUUGGAAGCACUCCACAGGUUGGCAAUCCCUUUGGAAUGGCACCACAGAUGACUAAUAAUCCCAACCCUGGAUUCAACAUGAACAUGGGGGCCCAAGUGGGCAGCCCCUUUGGCCUGGCCGGUCCUCAGGUCGGUGCUGGCUUCGGCUUGGGCCUGAAUCCAUUUGGACCAUUUGGCGGCCUGAAUCCGUUCAAUCCAUUCAACAGAAUUCUCGGCGCUGGAGCGCCCACCACGCCACAGCCCCAUAAGAAUGGUUUCCAGCGAAUUUUCCAGUUUGACAGUUCCACACCCCCACCGACAACAACAGAGGCACCACCCGUGGGCUCUACUCUGCAGCAAUCCACGGAAAAGUCGGGAAAACUAAACUUUUCCAGCAGCACACCGACAGCGGCACCGAGCACUGCCUCAUCGGAGCCUAGUUUGGGGGCUGCCCUCUCCGCAACGGCAGAAGAGGAUGAACACGAGGAGGAGGAGGAUGAGGAGGAGGAUGAAGAUCAUGUGGAGUCCACACCGGCAGCCUCCAGCGAGGCUGAUGCUUCUGUCGGUGCCUCCCUCGAAUCCAUACCCCUGGGCAAGCUAACUGCCAAGGAUCUCAUGAACAAGGCCGAGGAGAGUCUCAAGUCGGAUGAGCAGGGAAAUACCGAAAGUUCAUUGAAGGCGGAGAAGCGCAAACGCCACAAUUCGCGGCUCAAUAAGGGAAUUAACCAGAAGCGAAAGUAUCUGCAGCAGCUCUAGAACUUUACUCCCCAUUUUUGUUUACUUCUAUGAAUAAAACAAAUUUAAUUUAUAAA